GACAAUUACUACUCCAUUCAAAGUCGUCCUGUCCUUCGGCUAGGCUCUGCGUACUUGUCAGCCACUGCUCUCCGCGUUCAAAACCCAGUUUGCCUGAGAUUCCGCUCUCUUACGCUCCCCCUCCGGCCAUGCUAAACUAUCACCCUGCCUCAAUGCUGCUGUUUCCACUGCUGGUGGCCUGCUGCCGCGCUCAAACUCUAGGUGGCCCUCCGUCAACGUCUCCUCACGAUUAUGGCGAACCGAAGGGAGAUUACAGUUCACAGUGGCAGUCUUACUUCCAGGUCGCGGACUCUUUGUCUGGUGUAGACUUCACGCUACCCAACAGCUAUGCGGGAAAUAUUGCAGUACAACGUGAGGGUCACGCAAACGACACGCUGUUCUUUUGGGCGUUCGAGCACCAGAAGGAGUCGUUGACUGCUGCCGCCGGAGAAAAUGGCGAUACGCCGUGGGCUAUCUGGCUGCAGGGUGGACCUGGAACGUCAAGCAUGCUGGGACUCAUGACUGAGAAUGGUCCUAUCCAAGUACAGCCUGGCACUCAGAAGCUUGUCCAAAACAAGUACGCUUGGAGCAACUUGGUCGACUACAUCUGGGUGGACCAGCCUGUCGGUGUUGGAUUCGCGACUGCCGACUCUAAUGGAUAUGCCGCUGAUGAGGACCAAGUUGGAGUUGACUUCAUCGGCUUCUUGGACAAUCUGGUCAAGGUCUUCCCGAGUUUAGCUACACGCCCUUUCUAUCUCACUGGAGAGAGCUACGCUGGCCGUUACAUCCCGUACAUAGUGAAGACUCUCUUCUCGAUGCCAAACCCCCCAGUACAGCUAUCGACGAUGGUGGUUGGGAACCCGGCGUUCGGUUCCAAUGCCGAGUUCAAAGUCAUGCCGACUCUGACCCUCAUCGAAACCUACCCCCAGUUGAUUGGCUACGACACUAACGUGUACGACUACUUCAAGCAGCAAUCACACCUUUGUGGGCUCGACAUCAACUUGACGUAUCCACAGAUGGGUGGCAUCCUCGCUCCGGUCAAUCUUAAUCCGGGCACAGAACCUACGUUGCAAAAUCAGACACAGCCUGAUAACGACGAUGACAAGGAGAAGACUAGGGGGAAGAAUUCCCGGCUGGCGAACCGCAGCUUUGCUGCUGAAGUUGCGCAUCGGUACUCCGAGCGCCGGGCUUCCGGUGAGCCUGCGCAGCCGUUUCACGAGAGGCUUCGCAAGCGUGCUGCGUGGACGACGGACGCCACGAACUCCUCUGGGAUCAGCUCGUAUUACGGAUGCGAUGUUUGGGACGAGAUGCUCGACUACGCACUGAAUUACACGUUCCCGUGGUGUAAGCGGCUUUUCUUCUGCUCCACUUUUGAUGUACCCGAUUCUCUUGACCCCGAGGCUCCCGACGAUCCUACCUUCUUCUUCACCAAAGUUGGAGGAAUAGACCCAAGUCCCGAACCAAUGACGUUCUUCACCGAGUUAGCGACCAACGCAACUCGGCACGGAAUCCGCAUUGUCACGUAUGUGGGCAAUGACGAUAGCAUCUCGCCCCACUUCGGCACAGAAGUCACCAUCCAGAACACGACCUUUGGUGGCACGCAAGGCUUCACUCGCAAGCCGAGCACGCCAUGGUUCAACGACGACGGAGACUGGGCGGGUAUCGUUCACCAAGAACGCAACUGGACGUAUGCCUUAUUCUAUGGGGCCGGUCACGAAGUGCCAGGGGACCAGCCGGUAUCGGCCUACACCUUCCUCCGCGAGUUCAUCCUCGGCAACAACCAAACAGGCCUCGUUGUCUCGAGCGGCAACACCACGAGCGUCAUCGGCGACGAGAACCCGACUCUCCAGCAGACUGCGAUCCCCGGGCAGCUCGCGAUCGACUACGGUUCGACCACAACGCAGGGCAGCACGAUCUGGCCCAGCGCGACCGUUGCUGCGUUUGAGAGCCACGUCGGCCAGGUCUCUGUCACCGGGACCAACGCCAUCAAGCCGACUGCUACGUCUGGCACCAUGUCGUCGGUGCAUCCCAAGCACGCGGGCUUCGUCGUGUUCGCGAUAGCUAUGGCGCGGCUGCUGGACGAAAUUUUCUGAAUGGUCGACAGAGUUCGCGCGAAGUUUGCUCCCGGUGACGCAGAGAAGGACAAUAGAAUGCUUGACGAUAGAAUAUUUACUUGUCAGUAGAGCGCCAUCUGCGAC